AUGAUUCUGAAAUUGGCCGCGCCUCACGCGCAAAGUGCUGCAGAAAGUGACACCGAAGCGCCGCCCAACAUGCGCCGAUACGCGGGCACUUUUUCUUUGGAGCUCUACGACUGGUCGACUCGCAUCCGACGCAUCGCUCUUCACGACUCGAACACUGCACGCACCCGACCCACUCGAGCAUCGACCGGCUUUACAGCUUCCCUCCACGCCCAAAGGAAACGCCGUUCGACGAUGUCGGCGCUGUUCAACUUUCACUCGCUGCUGCGCGUGGUGCUGCUGAUCAUCUGCACAUGCACCUAUGUGCGUGCCACCGCACCGGCGCUCAUCGACCGCAACAAAGAAGGAUUCCUCGGCGUCUUCUUCAAAUCGGCCCGCAUCGGCGAGAGGUUGAGUCCCUACGUGUCAUUGGCAUGUCUCGUGAUGGCGGUAUACGAAGUCGUCUAG